ACACUCGAUAUUCUGUGGGUUGGUCGCCAAGCCGAGGUAUUGUACGAGUGUAAGAGAGUGUGCAUUUAUGGUUAAAUUUACAGUUUAAAAUUUUAGAAAAUCCACAAUCACAUGGUUCUUUUAAAAUUUUUGUUUUAUUUUUUGUUGACAUGACUUUAGAAGAUCCUUUCUACGUCGUUAAAGAUGAGGUGUUCAAAGCACUGAAUAAGACUCGUGGUUUGUACCUACGCUGGCAGGAGAUUUGUAAGACUCCAAUAAUUGCAAGUAGUCCAGAAGUAGAAUGGACUUCGACUGAAUUGAAAAAUGCACUGCGCAGCAUUGAAUGGGAUUUGGAAGAUUUAGAAGAUACAAUAAGUAUUGUAGAGAAGAACUCUUCAAAAUUCAAGAUUGACAACAAAGAAAUUUGUGAUAGACGAACCUUUAUCGAAGCAACGAAGCAAGAAGUCAAGAACAUGAAGAGCAAGAUGAGCUUGAACCGCAAUCGAGACAAUGACGGAACCGCUCGGGAGCCUCUACUUGGUGACGAUAGUCCAAUGAACUUUGGCAACAAUUGGACAUCCACUCCGAAAUACACUAAAUAUUCAAAACUAGCGAAUCAAACCGACAGUCCCAAUCGCUUCGAUAUUUAUGACAAUGAUAUUCUGUCUAUGCAAGAUAAGUUGUUGGGAAAUCAGAAUGAGCAGCUACAAGUUAUUAGUGAGACGGUCGGUUCGCUCAAGACAGUUUCCAAGCAGAUUGGUCUUGAACUCGACGAGCAAGCUGUAAUGUUGGACGAUUUGAAUACGGAUCUUGAAAACACAGAUUCUAAAUUAGAUUCCACUCUUAAAAAAGUCGCGAAGCUGCUUCACAUGAACAAUGACCGACGACAAUGGUUCGCUAUAAUGAUUCUUGUGGGACUAAUAUUUUUAGUUUUACUGUUAUUUAUAAUUCUUUAAACAAUAUUGAAUCAACAAAUUAAGUUUGAGUAAUUUUAUUUAUGUAGUUAAGUGA